GUGCACACAGGUUGCAUUUCAGGACUGGGCUCCGCUCCGCGGCGCCCCCGUCCGGCCUACCGCUGCACUGCGCGGAGAAGCUGUGCGUGUGUGUGCGUGUGCGCCCGGUGAGCGACUGCCGCUGAAGAGACAACGCCGCUGUCUGCUGUCAGCCUGACCAGUGACUGGCAAUGGAGUACAUGAACAACGCCUCGAACAGCUACGGUUCUGGAGACACCGUCAGUGCCUCCUUAACGAACAUGACCAUCAAUGACCAGCAUCACCAGGAGAACGGAGUCAAAAUGAAAGAUGAAGAAGCAGUGGUCACUGAAAAUGGGCUGAAAACUGUGUGUGAACUUUCUCAGCCAGAGAGCAACCAGUAUGAUGACGAGUUGCAUCCUGCUACUCCUGCAGAGAAAGGAGCAGAAGUUGCUUCUGAGCUGUCAGACAAUAAAAGCACUUUGAGAAAGGACCAGGAGCAAGUUGCAGGAGGAGCCACUUCAACAGCUCAAGUAAAGACAAAUAAUGGAGAUAAGAGUCAAACUGUCACCACACCACCCUCUUACCUUAAAAGACCCACUGUUGUCACCAAGGGCAACAAAACACCCGGUUCCUCCCGAAACGGCCACAGCUCCAUCCCCAUUAAAGCCACCAGCAGCCCAAGGCCCCGGCAGCCUGGAGGUACUGGUGCUGCAAAGCCUCAAGUCCAAGGAGCCAAAACUACUGCCAGAAGUGCGGCUCAACCAGCUAGUGCCAAGAAACCGCCCACUCCAAAAAAUGAAAAAGAUGCUAGGAGUGGGCAGAGCAGCCCCGGUACGCCCAAGUCCCCCGGCAGCCAGGCACUUUCCGCCGCCGAGGCCAACAAAGUGAAAAAGGUCGCGGUUGUACGUUCCAAUCCAAAAUCUCCUGGAUCGCUGAAAAGCCGUUCUCCGGCUCCUCUGGCUGCUGCGGUGCCGCUGCCUGACCUGAAAAACGUCAGGUCAAAGGUCGGCUCCACAGACAACAUGAAACACCAGCCUGGAGGUGGGAAGGUGCAAAUCGUGGAGCAGAAGUUGGACUUUAGUAGUGUGCAGUCUAAGUGUGGCUCCAAAGACAAUGUCAAACACAAGCCAGGGGGAGGAAAUGUCCAAAUCCUUGAUAAGAAGCUGGACUUAUCCAGCGUCCAAGCUCGCUGUGGUUCUAAAGACAACUUAAAGCACAAGCCUGGAGGAGGAAGGGUUAAAAUACUUGAUCAGAAGUUGGACUUUAGUACUGUCCAGUCUAAGUGUGGCUCCAAAGACAAUAUAAAACAUGCUCCCGGUGGAGGCAACGUGCAAAUUCUUGAUAAGAAGCUGGACUUAAGCAGUGUGCAGUCCCGCUGUGGCUCCAAAGAUAAUAUAAAACAUGUACCCGGUGGUGGCAAUGUUCAAAUCGUGCACAAAAAGAUUGAUUUGAGCAACGUUACAUCAAAAUGUGGAUCGAAAGACAACAUUCAUCACAAGCCAGGUGGUGGAAAUGUGGAGAUCAAAACCGAGAAGAUAGAGUUUAAAGUUCAGUCCAAAGUCGGCUCUCUGGACAACAUUGGUCACGUCCCCGGAGGUGGACAGAGGAAGAUUGAGAGCCACAAGCUGAACUUCCGUGAGGCGGCCAAAGCACGCACCGACCACGGCGCUGAGAUCAUCUCCCUGGAAGACUCGCCCCAGCAGCUCAGCACCGUGUCGUCCUCCGGCAGCAUCAACAUGACCGACUCCCCCCAGCUCUCCACGCUGGCCGACCAGGUGUCCGCCUCUCUGGCCAAGCAGGGCUUGUGAACGUGCCCCCGCCCCGCCUCGCCUCGCACCCGCCCCGCUUCCUGCUCCACCUGCACCACACCACCACGUAGAGGAGUUGUAAUGCCUUCCUCAUUACUUUCACUGGACAUUUUUUUAAGAUACCCAUCACUGUUUAUCCUCCACUAACCUCUUAAAUUUAUCGAGGCGUUACUUUUAGAGAAGAAAAAAAAAAGUCAGAGUAACAGGUAGGCCAAACUGUAUUGAUUUCUCUCUGGGGUCUUCUUGCAAAAUACUUAAACCUUUUGUAGUAAAUAUUUAGGAGUUAAAGCAUCCAGCUGAGCAAAAUGUCCUCAGCGAAUCCGAGUGAAUUGUUUCAUCUCAACACAUCCUGAUGAAAACGAUUUGGUUUCCUGUCACAGACUGUAAACCUUUACCAAUUUCCCUUCGAUGGGUGUUCACUAAUGUUUGGUUUUUUGUUUUUAGAUACACAGAGCAUGAGCCUUGAGAGAGGAGGGCGAAUCCAACUCUUUAGCUCCGGUUUGAUAUAAAGGAACAGUGACGGGCUCUGAUGAAGGUUUGGGAGGAAAAAUGUCAAAAGAAAAGUAGCAAAUUUCUUGUCUAGCCAGAAAAAUGUCUUUCAGACCUCUCUGCUUUCUUUGCUUUGUGUCCCGACAUGUGCUGCACCUCCAGCUACAGUAGGUGACCGUUGGUCGGUGGUGUGGCAAAAAUAAGACCACUGAGGAGCUAAGGGAGGCGCUGCCUGAGCUCGUAUUGAAGUCUGUGGGCUAAAAGGAAACUCUUCCCGUCACCCACUGCCUGAAUUCAGACGUUCAUCCAGACAUGUGAUACGCAGGCCUCAGUUCACCAGUCUAAAGGAUUCCUCAGCACGUCUAUAUUCCUUCAGAACACGACAUUGCAGUAAAUAAAUAUGUGGCUCGAGGCCUUAAGUGUAAUUACAUAUUUUGCGUUUUUACGGUGUUUACAGAUUUUAUGACGUUGACAGCGCAGAUAAACAGUUUAUCACUGCAGCUAUUGCUAUCUUUUAUCUUUGUAGCAGCAAUAUUGAAUUUUGACAACGUAAGGUGUCAAAUAAAUGGAGAUAUCUGAAACUCUUUUUAUACAAAAGAACAUUGGCACUGGAAUAAAAUAAUACAAACUUUAAAUUUAGAAUAGCAGGGGAAAAGUCAGAAUUUUGUCUUUAAUCUCAGAAAUUGACUACUACUUUCUAAAAAUUCUGACAAGAAAGUCUUUAUUUUUUGUCCCUAAGCCUCUUCCGUAUUUUGAAGAGGUAGCUGGAAUUGUAUAAAAUAUGAGAUAUUUGGUUCAACUAAAAGAAUCAGACUUUUGACAGAGAAGAAAUAGCUUGUCUACUUUAUGAUAAAUUGGCUUGCCAUAAACACUGAACCCCCCUAAUCUUACCAUUUUAACCCAAAUGCACAUCGAGCAGACAGUUAAAAUGAAUAUCUGAGCUAACAACCUUUCUGCGUCUCAUAUUGUCAACACAAAAUAUCCUCAGUGGUCUUAUUCCUGGCACACCAUCUUCCACAAAGGCGAUUGGGGAGUUCGCUUUAAAAAAAAAAAAGAAUGGCUAGGAAGUUUGGUUCGCGUUGGGCCAGUUUUAUAAUCGUAUUCUGUGCAUAUAUGACAUGUAUUUGAUAUGAACGGACAUUUGUAUUGUGCCUGCUACUGUCAGUGUUUUUCUUUUCUUGUUUUUUACUGCUCCUGCUGUACAUGCGUUACAGCUUGAUUUAUGGGAAGAAAACCUUAAUACAGAAUUAAAGGGAGGGACUUUAUUGUGUGCAGUAUUUAAACCACAGUAAGCACUAAAAUAAUCAGAACAAGGCUAAUUAGUAAUUAAAAAAGCUCAAUGUAAUAAGAAGCCCAUAAAGGCUUUACUGGAAGUAACUUAAGGAAUUAUUUCAAGUUCUUAUUAAAUUAAAUAGGAAAGAUUAUUUGUUGUUGCCAAGUAGAUCGGUGGAUGAAGGGAUUUUUGUGUGCACUUAAUCAUUAAGGUAAGCAAAAACAAACUGUAAAGCAACAAGUUCACCUCUUCAGGCACUUUAUCAAUACCUCUGCACGUCACCACUAACCAGGAAACACACGCCAUCUGCUUCCCUUUAGAUUCAGACACUUGUAAAUUAUGUGGACACACUUCAAGCACAUUAAACCUUAAAACUGCUGAUUUUAUGCAUUUAAACGGGUAUAAAUCCUUACAAUGAUUCAGAAUCCCAAUGUUAUUUAAAUACCUGUAAGGUUUCUGAAAUUUAAAUUUAAGUCUAAGCUGGUAGUGGUUAACAAGAAAGAACAUUUUGUUUUUCAUUCCCUAAAAAAAAAAUAAAAAUUGGCCUAUUUUGGAGAAAAAAAUGCUGAACCUUUGGCUUUGAUGCCCCAAAUCAAAUGUUAGUUUUGUCAAAUGCUCCAAUUUGUCUGCUAGAAUUGCAUCACCAGUGAUCACAAAGGCCUCUAAUUCCUAUGAUGGAAAAAUCUGGGAAUAUUUAAGCUCUAAAGAUGAUACAUUUAAGGGUUUAUGACACCACAGAAACCCUGCGUAUAGUUUGAUACCAAGGCUCAGUUCGUCAGCUGCUGUUAUUUUCUGCCGGGAAAACAUCCAAAACAUCCCUUUAGUCUCCCCAAUUCCCUCGUGAUCCACUUUGGCACUAAUGAAACAUUCUUGCAUGCGUUUAAUGUAAGACAGCCGUCUGCUUGUUGCCUCCCUUUCACAGAUUGAUCUCCUGGUGUACCCCGUUUGUAUCUGCUCCGGAUUUUUGGAAGGGUGUGCGAAUAAAAAGGGUCAAAACUCAGCAGACGCAUAGAACUCCAAGGUGUGCUCGCAACAUUAUCUGCAUGCUGCCGUCUUUAGUUGCAGUAGACCACGUUCCGUCUCCAGAGAUCAGGACAGAAAUGAGGUGGAGGGAGGGAAGGGGCCUGAUCCCCAGCGUGCUGUGAAGAGGUUCCUGCAGUAACAACACUCACCUUUAUUUUUGGUUACUUCUGACGCUGUACAGAUGUGGAAAUGUGAUUGUUCUUGUUAUUGUGCAUUGAUCAGUAACUGGUUUAUGAUGAUUCUUGUUGCUGUAUAUGUGUAUUUGAAAUAAACGCUGCAAAGUCA